UAAUGGACAUACCAAAAAGAACAGAACAUAGACCCCCUAGACCUCCUAUACCAAAGUUCCGACUUAUUGGGGCUGGAACUGAUACACCUGAUUUCCUCCCUCCUCCCAAAUCUGAGGAAUCCUCUAUUAUUGCAUUAUCUAUGGAUAAUACGUCUGAAACCUCUAUCGAAGAUAAUAAUGAAUCAUAUUUUACUAGAAAAAGAUUUUCUGCUAUUGUUGAAGAGAUAUCAAAUCAGAUUGUUUUAUUGGAUUUAACUCAAGAUCUUUUAAAAAUAGGGAUCUCAUUUUUAAAGCCUGAAUUGCUUGAAGGAUUGAAAUAAAAAAAGUAUAAAGCUAUUGCUAUUGCAAUCAUUAUAGCUUCUUUAAAAUAAAUUAAUGCUCCAGUAACAUAAAAAGAGAUUCUAUCAAAAACAUCUGUCUCUGAAAAAUAAAUUAAGAAAAUUCUUUUAUAGAUUCAUAGUUCAUAUAAUUUAGAAGCUAUUGUUCAUUCAUUUAUUAAAUAAAUUUCAAGUUCAAUAGGACUUAAUGAUAAAUUUAUUAACUUUUGUCUUUAGAUGUUUAAAGAAAUAAAUUAAAGAAAUCUUAUAUAAGGUGAACAUGAAAAUGUAAUAGCCGGAGCAAUUAUUAAAUAUUGUGGUGAUAUUAUAUUUGCUGAUAGAGGAGGUAUAGUAGCACAAGUAAUAGCAGAUCAUGCUAAAUGCAGUCUUGGACCGUUAAAGAAUUUUCUAAAAAAAGUUGAAAUUAGCUUGCCUUUUAAUUCUUAAAUUUAGAAAGAAAAAUGAU